UAGGUCAGGGUAUUAGAAUUGACAUAAAUAUGUGUUUAUAACACAUCUUUAUCUAACAUUUGAAGAAAAAAACCCAAUUCAUCCUAUUUCUGGGACAUAUAAAAGCACCUGAAGUAAUUAAUCGGUCGCCAGACGUGGUCUAUAGAGAAUAAUAGGGGAUAUCAAAGAAACUUCAUGUAAACUUUAAGCUUACUUCUCUCCAGUUAAUAUGUUGUCGACUAAAAGGAUUGUAGUCAUUCUCCUGGCAGUCAACUACUGUCUAGCUGAACAAAAGUUUCUGAAUGAUAGAGACAUAAAAAGGAUUAAAGACCCAGAACUCAAGCAUUCAUUAGACAUAGAUGAAACGGGUAUUGAGCUGUUGCACCGAGAGAAAAGAGGCUGGGGAUCAGUUAUUUUUUCCGGUGUUUCCAUGCUAGUGAAGGCAACGAGCCUCGGUCUGACUCUCGGAAGUGCACUAUCAGAAGGAUGCAUGUAUUAUCCAAGUAUUUGCAGAAAUAAAGAUGAAAUUGCACGCCUUGACGGGGAAAUAAAAACCAUGACUAGUAAAUAUGAAGAAGAAUACAUGCAUAGUAAAGAAAGGUACUAUAACCUUAAAACGGCCACAACAAAUAAUGGAUAUAUUGACUAUUACAUUAAUCAAACCCUUCAGGCUGUAGAAAAAUUACAAGGAAUAGAGGAAGAUCUGACAUUACUACUGGAAAUUAAAUUACCAAAAUUGUCGCAAAUGGCAGCUGCGACAACUAACGAAACCUACGAACAAUAUCUUGGACAUGCUGUUGGUACCCUCGAAUAUCGACUUACCGAUCUAAAGCAGAUGUUACUUGAAUAUAAAAAGAGUGCUCUUUUGGGUAUUGUUGUCCAAUUUGUGAUUGAAGCCACUGUUAAUAAGUUCAUCAGUGCAAUUCAAACAGCAUACAAACAAGUUCUCAGCAGUGAAGACAUUCUAGCCAGCACGUCUGAUGAAUUGUGGUCAAGAAUGGACGGAUCACGAGUAAGAAACACAAAUACGAAAUUCGGAGUUGUUAAAAAGUUGAAAAUGGCUCCUAAAGUUUUAAAACAAAUGGGAAAAAAUUUCGGCGAAAGUCUUCGCAGUUUUGGAAAAAACAUAAAAAAAUGGACAGCUAUCAAAACCUGGAAAGGAUUUAAAGGAAAAUUGAAAAGCACCUUUAAAUCACCAUUACAAAAGUUAAAAAAUGCGAAAGAUUUCUUCUCUCCUUCAAAGAACAAGUUGUUUGUGAAGAACUACCGACUGAGUUGGUCACAGAAAGCAAUGAUGGGUAUCGGUAUUAUAGCUGAUGGCAUUUCUACCGCCCUCCAAGUCAAACAAUGGCACGAUGUGGCAGACAAGAUGGAUAAAGCGCGCGAAGACUACCAACACUAUCAUAAUAACUUAACCAAUGAACUCGAAACUAUUGCAAAUGAAACUGUCAAAAUGGAAGGCAUAUGGACAGACGUUGUCCACACUUUCCAACAUUUAAGUUUACCGUUUAAACAAUUGGUGGAGAACUCUACAAACUUUAGUAACUUUUCUGACGUCAUUGGACUUCCCCGACUUCCGGUCGAUACGUCUGAUCCUUUGUUCACAAUUGAUUUUAACUCUAUAACAAAACAAUCUAUAAGAUCUCAACAAAUUAAUGUCAUAGAAUUUUUGAAAAAGGUGAGCAAUAAUAUGACGGAAAUUCACGACAAAAUGUUAGCGCGAACAGUCCUUUACAACAAUACAUUAAGUAAGUCUGAAAUAGAGGAAACAGUAGGAGAUAUGCAGUCAGAUAUCAAAAGUAUUUUAAAAUUCAGCCCGUCAAGAACAAUGCGAACAUUUGGCGAUUCUUUAACACUAGCCGAUACAGUUUGUACAGUCUCUAUAUUAAGAUAUGAUCUUAUAGAGUAUGAUUAUUUCCCUAUAGACAGUUUCAGGCCUCGUUGUGAUGUCAAUGCAACCACGUUUGACCGUUUGAACCGACAAGCUUAUACCAAGAGGAAAUCCAAACUGAUGCGAGACGUAAUAGUUCGUUAUUUAAAUAGCAGCCAAUCGGAAUCCUUAUCAAUGUUAGUUGACGCUGUACACAACGCGUAUUCUGGUGUCGCCGACAAACAUAUCGCCACCUUUGGUAAAUCAAUCGCAGAACAAGACGUCAUCUGUGUUUUAGUGGACACGUUCGCCAAUCUAUCCAUUUACGAUUUUAUCAAUCUGAGCUCAUUACGACCCGAUUGUUCGACGGUCAGCACCGGACAGUUUCAUAAGGUUCUAGAAGACGCUAAAAAGCUUAGAGACGUUACUUUGGCUGUAAAAGCUGCUCUUGAUGGUUGUAUUCAGUAUAAAUUUUGUCCAUGUUUGUCAACGGUUGCAAGCACCAACCAAGUUGCUGAAAAAGACAUUGUAUAUGCCGUACACCAUAUUGAUCCCUCCUGGCAACCAAACAAAUCCGCUCAGUUUUGUGGGCCUACAGGAUGUGGAUGUUCUCACCUUUGAUAGGAGGAGUAAGAACACAAUGAAAUACAGUGACUGAGUAAUUCAAUUUGAAUUAUAUAUGAAAUUUCAAUCUUUCUCUGCCGAUUGAUUUUGAGUCUAUAUGUAUU